UUUAUUGCCUUCUUAGGAAGCUGUAGAGUGGGAGCACAAGAGCAAGGUGCCUGGUAAAAUGCAUGCUUGUGGGCAUGAUGCACAUGUGGCAAUGCUUAUUGGUGCUGCAAAGAUUUUAAAGGCUCGUGAACAUCAUCUCAAGGGAACUGUUAAGUUGCUCUUUCAGCCCGCAGAGGAAGCAGGUAUAGGUGCAAAGAAAAUGAUUGAAGAUGGCGCCCUCAGAGAUGUGGGGGCUAUAUUUGCCGUUCAUGUAUCUCAUGAGCAUCCCACUUCAGUCAUUGGAUCGAAGGCUGGUCCUUUACUUGCUGGAUGUGGCUUCUUCAAAGCAGUGAUAGAGGGAAGGCCAGAUCAAGAAGGAAAUCUACAGAAUGCAGUAGAGGCUAUUUUAGCUGCCUCAGCUGCCAUAAUCAGCUUGCAGAACAUUGUGUCCCGGGAAUCUAAUCCUUUAGAUUCACAGGUGGUCUCAGUAGCAGCAGUCAACGGAGGGAGCAAUCUAGACCUGCUCCCGGAAUCUGUCAUCCUUGGGGGAACUUUUAGAGCUUUCUCAAAUUCCAGCUUUUAUAAGCUCCGGCAAAGAAUAGAGGAGGUCAUUGUAAUGCAGUCUAGUGUAUAUAAAUGCACUGCAUCAGUAGACUUCUUUGAGAAUGAACGAUUCUACCCUCCCACUGUCAAUGACAAUAAAAUGUAUGACCAUGUGAAGAAUGUAGCCAUCAGUCUACUCGGUUCAAAGAAUUAUAAGGUGGUCCCUCCAAUGAUGGGUGCAGAAGACUUCUCUUUUUACUCAGAGAUUGUACCAGCCGCCUUCUAUUACAUUGGUGUGAGGAACGAAUCCUUGGGUUCCAUUCAUACAGGUCAUUCCCCAUACUUCAUGAUUGAUGAAGAUGUGUUGCCAGUUGGAGCUGCAGUUCAUGCAGCCAUAGCUGAGAGAUAUCUCUCAGAACUUUGUUAGAACUCACCUAUGUCUGCUUUUUUAUGGGGUUGGAGUGGUAAUCAAUACCAUGAGUGCUCUCCAAAUUUUGUUUGGAUUGUUUUACGUGAUCCUUUUUUGAUGUGGAGAGGAAAUUUUAAGGUUUCUGUUUACUUUUGAAAAGGGCGGAUAGCAGCUACAACAUUAGAAGCAGAAAUACUCGAAUUAAAUCUGGAGGAAGGUGAAGUAACUACAUUGCUUUUUUUUCUUUCUCCUUUAUCGGUUUACUCUGCAGUUCAUGUAAGUUUAGCAGUUUUAAUUUUGUUUUUGUACACCAACUGAUAUAGUUGGCUCAAGUAAAUGGGGGCAGGUAACAUAGGAAAAGAGGAUUACAGCAGUUUAUAAUAUAUUUCCAUUUUGGUUGUCUUGUAUAGAAUUUAAAAUGUAUAUUCUUGCAAUAAAAAUUUGAGUGGCUUCU